AACGAGUGCGUAAUCCAGGCACCUCUCAUCACUAGUCGCAACUCUUAUAUAAACCGGCACCUCCACCACUAAACCAUUGAAUCGUGUUCUGCUUACCGGUCAAGAUCAAGUUCAAAGCUACAUUACAACAACAGCAACAAUGAAGAUCACUAUUUUGGUACUAAUGGCGUGCAUCGCCGCAGCUACAUGCGAAACACCUUCCUCGCCUGGGGCGCAGAUUUUGUUGGCGGCCGAAGAGCCGGCUGUCGCGGUGCCGGCGGCCUUGGCGGAUGACGACCUGGACACCGCCGAGCACCACUACGGCAGGAGACACCACUAUCACGGCGGAUGGGGUCAUGGCGGCGGAUACAACCGUGGAUGGGGCGGCGGAUAUGGAGGUUACGGCGGAUACUAUGGAGUCGGCAUCGGUAUAGGUUAUGGAGGUGGUUACGGAGGUUAUGGAGGAGGUUACGGAGGUUAUGGAGGAUAUGGAGGAGGUUAUGGAGGCUACGGAGGCUAUGGAUAUGGAAGACGUCAUGGAUAUCAUGGAUGGUGAAUAUAAGCAGAGACAAAAGAAUAGUAUUCUUUUCUCUAUGAUCAAGAGGGACACAUGCUCAACAUCACGUUAAAUUAUCAAUGAAAACAAUUUCUACAAAUUACAUAGACAUUGUAAUAAUAACGACAGAUAUAAUAAGAUUAAAGUAUUUUCAUAGGGCAGGCCUACUUGAAUUGUUUAAUUAUUAUAGGAAUAACUAGUACCUUUUAUAAAAAUCUUUAUAUAUAAAUACCUCAAACUUUUAAAAAAAUAGGACACUUGAAAAUGACAUGAGUGCUUAAACUAGUGUUGCUGUUUAUGUGGAAAAGUUUGAAAAGGGUACAAGUUAUUUCUAUAAUAAUUAAAUAAUUAGAUUAAUAGCUCCAGUAGGCCUACAUUGGACUUAAAAAAGAUUUUAAAGAGGAGUGUAAUUUUGAGAGUUUCAAUAGAUUCAUAUAUUAGGGCCAUAAAUGCACUAUCUAUAAUUUUAACCAUAGAUAAAAGAUAGCAAAUGCAAUCUUUUCUUUAUGGUUUAACGCUGAUCUACGAUUACAUGAAGGGAUAGUUGCAUUUAUUUAUGUUACAUUCCGGGUUUAAACGAACAGCUGAUUUAUCUCUGUUUAAACUGAUUUGGUGCAGAUCUAUUCAAAGUAUGUGAUCCAAAGUAGAUGCCAUAUUGGAAGAUAAUUUGAUCAGACAUUUAAUUCUACCGAUAUUUAUUUCACAUUAAUUUUGAUUAUUUUGAUACUCGUGAAUGAUAGUUGUGAUAUCCAUUGAAAUCAAAAAGGUUUAUAGAAGAUGCAAUGAAUGAAACAAACACAAUUAUAGAUUUGUAUUUUUGUCUUCCUAAUUUAUUAUGAUCUCCAGUAACAAUAUUGAUACAAUACUUCAGGAACAUAAUAACUCUCCGCUGUUUUAAUUCAAUUUGAUUGCUGACAAUUUCUCAUAAUGUAAUUCUAUUUUGAAAAACUACUUUUUGAACUAGACCUAGUCCCCGUAAUCUUGCAUUUAAUUGUGGCAAAAUAUUAUUGCUUCUCCGAAAAUAAAAUAUGUUUAAUAACAUAAAAUAAUAAUGUUUUCCAACAAAAUUAAUGAAGUCGAUAAGAGGAAAUUAUUGUUUUUGUAUAUUCAUGCAAUGCAAAAGUGUAAGAUAUACAGGCUGCUUGAAAAUUGUUCUGGAAUCAAGUACCAUGGAAUGUAUGAACAAUGUCUUUUCUAUGUGAAAUAAAUUGACUGAUUUUCUAUUUUUAA